GAGUCGAGCGGGGGGCGCGGCACCCGUCCUCCGCCCGCCACCCUUCUGGCUGGCGGUGAAGCGUGUGGGUGCCGCCGGGGCCCGGCGGAGGCUGGAGCGGAGGCGGCCCGGCACGGAGGCCGGUGCCGUUGUCUCCGCCCGCUCCCCGCCUCCCCCGCUCUCCGUCAGGCACGGCGGGAGGCGGGCCCGGGGAGCCGGCCGCAGGGAAGCGCCAGGUCGAUCGACCGGAUUGCUCCGACGGUGAGAGUCAAAGGCAUUGUGAGGUGAAAUGAAGUGUCUGCCCAUUUUUAACUGGCUGACCCAGCUUGGUCUUGCAGAAUAUUGCAUGCUCUUUGAACAAUAUGACGGCAUAGAGGACUUACUCCAUCUUACAGAAGUUGAUCUUAAAAAAAUGGGGAUUGAAAAUCAAGGCCACCGAACAUGCAUCAUUUCCAAUAUCCUGCUGCUUCAGGAGGUAGAAAAAACGAGAGAACCAAAAAUGAUAGCUGCAGGAAAAUGUUCAAGUCUUUCCAGAAAUGGCCCAGCGAACCACCAGUUCUCAUUAGCUUCUUCCAUGGACCUUUUGACCACUAAACCUUCACCAACGGAGUAUCGCUCAGACUCCUUUCAAGACAUCUCUAUCCAUGGCACUCUCCCCAGGAAGAAGAAGGGGACAAUUCCCACUAGGUCUUGUGAUAUGUUUAGCCACAUGGGAACAUUGCCAUAUACCAGAACACACUGGCAGCAGCCGCCUUUUGUCCAGCAUGUUAUAGAAGAGUACCCUUCACAAAAUGGGAAGAGCAACAAACUCCAUGCCAGAGAUCAGAAUAUUCUGGAUCCUACCUUGGAAUAUGUUAAGUUUUCUAGGGAGAGGCAAGUUAUGGACAACAGCCCAGAAAAACUGAAGAAGGAGUUAGAGGAAGAACUACAGCUAAGCAGUGAAGACUUGCGUAGCCAUGCCUGGUACCAUGGACGUAUUCCUCGGCAGGUGGCAGAAAGCCUGGUUCAGAGGGAUGGAGAUUUUCUGAUUAGGGAUUCUCUCUCGAGUCCUGGGAACUUUGUUCUUACCUGUCAGUGGAAAAAUACCUCUCAGCAUUUUAAAAUCAACAGAACAGUUCUAAGACUCAAUGAAGCCUACUGCCGUGUUCAGUAUCAGUUUGAACUUGAAAGUUUCGACAGUAUCCCCGGCUUAGUUAGAUACUAUGUUGGGAAUCGCACACCAAUAUCAAAGCAGAGCGGAGCAAUUAUUUUUCAACCGAUCAACAGGACCGUGCCUCUCAGAUGUCUAGAAGAAAAGUAUGGUGUAACUCCAGUCCGACAGAGAGAGUCAAGUAUCCCCGAAGGAAAAACAGAAACUGCAAAAAGGUUGAGCCUUGGUGUAUCCAGCAUGCAGUCCCCGGAGCAGAGCAUACCCAGAGGAAAUCUUCUGAGAAACAAAGAAAAAAGUGGUAGCCAGCCAGCUAGUUUGGAUCACGUUCUGGAGAAAAGAUUCCCUUUGAAGGCUCACCAGUCGGAGAGCUAUCUGCUGAUAGGUUCAAGACAUCCACCUCGAUCACCUCAAGCAGAUGCAGACUCCUGUCCAAGCUCUCCUGCGUUUAGAACAGGCAGUGAACCUUCUCUAAGCCCCACCAUUGCUCAGAAAGUCACCUCUGAGUCACAAGUAGGGGAAGCUCUUAGAGGAUCAGACAGUCAGCUCUGUCCGAAGCCUCCACCUAAACCCAGCAAAGCAUCCCUGAUAAAGCCCCCAGAUUCUCCUUCGGCUUUCCACAGUUCAGAAGGACACUAUUGUGAACUAAGCCCUGCCAGAGAUCCUGCAGCAACUAAACAUUUGGGUCAGAAAAACAGCUACGUGGAACAUCUGACACGGAAGGAGAGGGGAACACACUCAUUCAGGAACUCUGAAACAAACUAUUUGAUCCUGGAAGAUGACCCUACAAUGAACUCUGCAGGUUCUUUACAAGCUUCAGCUGAGGUGGCGGAAGGGGACAGCAUCUUUUCUGCACCUGUUUUUGAGAUGGUGUCCAGUUUUAAACCGAAUGAUUUUGAAUCCAAAUUACUUCCUCCUGAAAACAAGCCAUUGGAAACAUCCAUGUUAAGAAGAGUCAAAGAGCUUUUCACCAACAACAACCCAAAGAUUAUUGCACAGCACAUUCUUAGAAUGGACUGCAAGGUGGCGAGGAUACUAGAAGUUUCUGAAGAAAUGAGGAUGAUUAUGGGAGUGAACUCUGGUCUGGAACUGAUUACCUUGCCUUACGGACAUCAGCUGCGCCUUGACCUCAUUGAAAGGCACAAUACCAUGGCAAUAGGAAUAGCUGUGGAUAUCUUGGGUUGCACAGGAAGUCUAGAAGAUAGAACAGCAACAUUAAACAGGAUCAUCCAGGUCGCAGUGGAGCUGAAGGACUCGCUGGGAGACUUGUAUGCAUUUUCUGCCAUUAUGAAAGCACUGGAAAUGCCACAGGUCACUCGGUUAGAACAAACCUGGACCUCUCUAAGGCAUCAUUAUACCCAAACUGCCAUUACGUAUGAAAAACAGCUGAAGCCAUUUAGCAAAGCUUUGCAUGAAGGACAAGAUGAGUGGAAUAAGACCAGCAGCGUUCAACUGACCAAUGUAACAGUGCCACUGCUGAUGCCUCUCAUUACCCUGAUGGAGCGACAAGCUGUUGUUUUUGAAGGCAUGGACCUGUGGGAAAACAGUGACCAGAGCUGUGAAAUAAUGCUCAAACACUUGGCUGCGGCCCGUCGGAUAGCACAGAAUGCAGAAAUGUACAGCCUGACCGCAGAACGCAUGCUGGAAGGUUUCCAGCCAGAUGAAGAGAUGAGUGAAAUCUUCAAGACAGAAUUUCAAAUGAGAUUGCUCUGGGGCAGCAAAGGAGCACAAGUUAAUCAAAAUGAAAGAUACGAGAAAUUCAGCCAGAUUUUAACUGCACUUUCCCGAAAACUGGAACCUCCUCUAGUGAAGCAGGUUGCAGAAAUGAUCCUGUAUCUGUGACCACAACAGAAGGCUCAAAUAUCCCAGGCACCUAUGAAAGUAGAAAAUUAGUUCUAUAUGUGUUGGGACAACUUACGGUUGGUUUUUUUUAAGACAACAUCUGUAGUACUUUGGCUUUUGCUGGAAUCUGCGCAACAGCUACGGGGCCAGGAAUGAAUGAUGAAAUGGCAAGAACAAACAAUCCAGAGAAUUAAAAUGCUUUCAGAUAUGAGUAAAUGUGGGUGUACGUAUAUAUUAAAACUUGCUUCAUUUACUGAGGUGAAUCACUGUGGUAAGUAGUAUUUUUUUUUUCCUUUGGAUGAAGGCAAAGCAUAAGCUGUUAGCGCUUUUCAUAGGAAACCAGCGUGCAUGGUGUUGAGCAGCAAAGUCCACUUUGUCACACACAGAACUGGUGUACAAGCGUUAUCCUCAGAAGUUGUAUGAAUUUUUAAGCAAGAACUAUGAUUAGAGCUGCACGUAUUCGUUGUCAGUAAGCCUAUUUCUGCAGUGAGAUGGUAUUUACAGCAUUUGAAAGUAUUUGAGCAAGCUAAUGACAAAACCAACACGGUAGUAUCUGCUCCACCCAUCUACAACCAUCGCAGAGGUGCUGCCACCGUAAGAAGAGGUAAGUCUCUUUGUCUUUCUUAACAGAAGACAAUCAGGGAAGCUAAUUAUUUAGACCAUGAAAAGAUUUUUUUUAUUCCAGGAAAAUAUUCUCAACAGAGAACACUAUCUUUAAACAAAGCAUUUAACAUUUAGGAAAUCAACAUGUGCACAAAAAGGAUUAAAAAUUACUGGAAAAUGUAAGAUUCUUUAAGACAACUCACAUUCAGAAUUUUAGAAUAAGUGACUUAUAACUAGCUGUGCAAGUACAAAUGGUUUUUUUCCUAUGUUUAAUAACCCUCAUACAAGUUGCACUAUCCCUCAUGAAAGCAACCUGCCUCCAAAGGAAGCAAAUCCUGGUUUCAGAAAAACAAAAACAGUAGCGUGACAAGAACAUUUAGUCCUUUACCAGGAAGUGUUAUUACUGACCUGCAAGGCUGUUAGCCAGGCAAACCGCAGGCCCUUUAGCAGAAAAUACACAGAUCACAUUUCCUCCUUUUCCUCUAACUUUUUAAAAUAAAAAAGCACUAGAUAAAAAAAAAAAAAAACAACCAAAAAAAACCAACCC